UCACCUUGUUGUUGUCGUGGUUGCUCUCCUUGUGGUUGACUAGCAUUGUCCUUGCAACAUCAAUCUCGGCCCUGUAUUGUCUCUGUCACCGUCCCACUAUCCAUGGCUGGCAUUGGCCGCCAUAAUGGGGCUCUUGAGCUUUCUAUCCAAGCAAUCUGCGGGUGACAGACAGCGGCCAAGCACACGCGUCAGGUCGCAGGCAUACAACGCCACUGUUGCCUCCAACCCUCCGGUGAGAGGAAACUACCCCGUUCCUGGCAAUGGAACAAGCGCCCUCGAGGGUCUCUCGAGGAUUCACGGCGAACUUAGCGAUUCUCAAUUAUCGCUAGAUAUCAAAGCACUUUCUCGGUUCCCUCUUCCAUCUCCUGUAGUGUCUCUAUUCCAGGAUGAGAGCCGGCAAAGGCCAAGCACAGCCCCCAAUGGGGCCAAGCCGCUUGAUAACCGCCCAUAUACUGCGGAUCGGCCAAGGAAAGGUCUGCCGAGAGGACCAUGGACUUACACGAGACCUCAGAACGGUUCCUCAGUGCCUGAGCCUCCCCGAGGUCGCUCUGCUGCGAGAGCUACAGGCCCUCCGCCAGUCAGACUGGGUGUAGGACCUCAACUCCUUGCUGCUAGCAGCCCGAGUGGCCCAGGUCCUGACAGCCCCUUGAAGGGCUCAAAGGACAUCCUUGACGCACAAUCAGAGUUUAAACCGUUAGACUUUAGGACCCGAAUCAAGGCGGCCGGAGCGCGAGAUUAUGGAGAAGAUGUUGCCGACCGAAAUAUUGGUCAGAACGGCGUCAAUCUCGAGUCCCCUCACGUUCGGGCAUUCUACGCUCAAUCAGCAGGCAGUCUCGCGGCUCGCAAAGGUCGAUGCGUUUCCGUGGCCGAUAUCUCCCAGCUGUAUCUCAACGACGACACUCGUGGCCGGCCAACGUCGAAGCAACCUCAAAUAAAUUCUGGUCAUCGUACAAAAUCUCUGAACUCUUUGAGUUAUUAUUCCUUCCCUCAGAGGGCUACGCCACCCGUUCCCCAAACCCCAACUUCUGGGACACACGAUGGUCGUCUGAAAUCAGAUUCGAAGCUCACUGCAGAAAGCAGAGGCAGUCGUCGUAAAUCCCUCAACUCUUAUAUCCCCACCGGUUCCCCCGGCACACUUAGACCACACAUUCCAAGAACAGGGUCCUUCAGCUUCCGGAACGGCGAUGGCUCAGGAAGACCUUCCCUUGCUCUUACUCGCCCUGCCACAGCUCAUGAUCCUCAACAUCGAAGCAGCUUCUCGACCAUUCGACAGGCGUCUAUUCCCAGAGAACCUCGAUCUCCGAGAACAACUGCCGAUUCAGUCUCAUUUGCAAAGAUAAAGACGGGUCAUGGAGGACCUGACCACGGCAAUACGUACAUCGACCACGCCCAUCCCGGCGGGAGAUCAUUCCCCCUUAUGGCGACUUCUAGACGUGACUCAUCAGCAAGUGCUGCGUUUGCCUACUCGGGAAGCCUGCAUACCCGCCAGUCGUCCGUAUCGUCCUCCUUCAGUCGCGAUGACGCCGUCGAAAAUACCGCCCUCUCCUAUCCUCGGCACAAGUCGCAAUUCAGAUCCUCCCACGAUGGAGGAAGCACCGGCACCACUGCCCCCGGGGCGGACCUGGGAAUAUAUACCUCAGAUAGCCUUGAUUUCGGGGCACGUCCUUCCAUCAGUUCCGCGCAUGCGAAUGUCACGGUUCGUGAGAGCCGUAGGAGGUCGCGGAGUUUGGCUUCGAGCAUGAGGACGCUGAGGUUAGACGAAGUUGACGACGUCGUCCCCGUAAGGACUAGCAGUAUACGCCACUGGUCCAUAUCGUCUACUACGCCAACUACUUCAGAGACAAGUUCCAAUCUAUCUCAGCCGCAAUCUCGCCAUACCGCUGACACCUCGGUCGAUCUUUCUCAUUCAUUCUCGGCCAAGAACUCGAGCCGUGGUUCUCUGACGAGCGCCAUUGACACCUCCGUCGCCUUGUCGCCCAAGACUCCGAAGUCAAGCACAUUUAACAUCGAUGACUAUAUUUCCUCGGAUGACGACGUCUCCAUGUCUCCUCGCCGCCCACGCGGCGAAGGCGAGGAAGAUCUCUUAUUCCGGGAUGAUGGCUUCUGCAUGGGCGGCUCCCAGCUGCCCGGCCUUUUCGACGGCGGCCUGACGUUACCGGGGCUCAGCUCCAGCUUCUAUGCGGACGAGCAACUGUCACACCGGCCCCGCACCAGUUCUUCAUUGCCCGUUGGGUACAUGCAAAACGCGUUCAGUAGCUCCAUGUUCAACCCAGGGGCACCUUCGCCCCUGCGAUCAAGCAGGAAAUACAUCAUCGAUACUGCGGCGCACUACGACGAGGACGAGGAAGGAGACGACGACUAUGCCAACGCGUGGCAUCGCCGAGGCGAAGAACCGCAAUCCCCCGGUAUGUCGCCCAUGUGGGGGGGUGGGUUGCGAGGCACAAAGCGGCUCUCCGCGCUGGGCAACAAGUACGGCCACCCGUACCGCAGGGACGACGUCAUCGAGGAGGAGCGCGACAUGAGCAAGAUAGACGUCUCCGCCGCGGUGAAGAUGCGAAAGGAGGCCAAGGCGAAGAAGAGGGCCGCCGUGGCGGCGAGGAGGAGGCCCAGGACCAGGAGCAGGCCGGCGCCCAUUGUCGUGGAUGGAGACGAGGGACACCAUGCUGACACCGAGUGCUAGUUGUGGGUUUUUGGUGAAUCCGGACGUUCUCGGAGUGGGCAUCGAGUGAUGGGAGAGUCAUGGGAGACUACUUCUAGCUACUUCUAAUGACAGCCUUAGGAGGCCUGGGCAUGGCAAC